AUGAGUCACGGAGUUUUACAAGUGACUAUUGUUGAAGGUCGCAAUUUGAAAGACAAGGAUAUCGUCGGUAAAGAUGAUGCGUAUGUUGAACUUUAUUUGGAGAAAGAUUACAAACAACGCACAAAGACCGUCAAGGAUACCAACAAUCCAACAUGGAAUGAAACUUUCACAUUUAACUUGCGUAAACAUCAGGACGAAUUGCAUUUGCAUGUUUAUGAUGACGAUGUCGUCGGUCGGGAUUCAAUUGGAUCGAAAACGGUUAAUUUGAAGAAACAUGUAUUCGGAAAGGGUCCAUAUGACGCUUGGGUCAAAUUACCAGCUCAUUUAGGUCUUGGUUCACACGGUGAACUUCAUGUUAUCAUUCAACAUAAUGCUUGA